CUGAUAAGGGAUGAAGGGGGUGAUGGGGAUGAUGGGGGUGAUGGGGAUGAAGGGGCUGAUGAAGAUGAUUUGGAUGAUGGGGGUGAUGAGGAUGAUGGGGGUGAUGGGGAUGAAGGGUGUGAUGGGGAUAAUGUGGAUGAUGGGGAUGUAGGGAUGAUGGGUGAUGGAGAUGAUGGAGGUGAUGGGGAUGACGUGGAUGAAGGGGGUGAUGGGGAUGAAGGGGCUGAUGGAGAUGAUGGUGAUGAUGGGGGUGAUGGGGAUGAUGGAGAUGAUGGGGGUGAUGGGGUUGAAGGGGCUGAUGGAGAUGAUGGAGAUGAUGGGGCUGAUGGGGAUGAAGGGGCUGAUGGAGAUGAUGGAGAUGACGGGAAUGAUGGGGGUGAGGGGGAUGAUGGGGGUGAUGGAGAUGAUGGAGAUGAUGGAGAUAAUGGGGAUGAGGGGGGUAUUGGGGAUGAUGGCGAUGAUGGGUGUGAUGGAGUUGAUGGAGAUGAUGGGGAUGAUGGGGAUGAUGGGGAUGACGGGGGUGAUGGGGAUGAUGGAGAUGAUGGGAUGAUGGGAUAA